CACACACACAUCCAGCCACUCACAUCAGCAGUGAGUCAGAAACAAAGAAGAAAAACCCUCGUGGGCUGCGAUUCGCCCUUUAUUGUGAACUCCAGACGUCAUACGCGCAAGGCUAUAGAUGGAGCUCGGGAGCCCAGGCCAGCCCAGUGCAAGCCCACGAGAGCUCAGUGAUGGUGGUGGUGGUGCCGGUUGGUGGGGGGGGAUGCUGUGUCUGUAUGGCUAAGGAUGUAUUACAGAGGCGGGCUGGUCUUAAUGUAACUAGAGAGCUUCUGUAAUCUACAAAGGGUGAAGACAGAGAGGGAGUAAGAGGAGGUACCCUGUGUAUUUCCCAGCCACGCUCUCCCCAAGAGGAGGCCCUCUCUGACCCCCCCCCCAAUCUCCCUCCAGCGCAGCACACCAAGGAAUGAUGAAAAAAAAUAAUUCUGCAAAAAGGGGGCAACAGGAUGGAAACCAGCAAUCUGUGCAGCCAGAGAAGGUCGGCUGGGUGCGGAAAUUUUGCGGGAAAGGCAUUUUUAGGGAAAUCUGGAAAAACCGUUAUGUGGUUUUGAAGGGAGAUCAGCUUUACAUCUCGGAGAAGGAGGUAAAAGAUGAAAAAAACAUACAGGAAAUGUUUGACCUGAGUGAUUAUGAGAAAUGUGAAGAGCUCAGGAAGUCCAAAAGCAGAAGCAAAAAGAACCACAGCAAAUUUACCCUCGCCCACUCCAGACAGCCUGGAAACACGGCACCAAAUCUGAUAUUCCUGGCUGUGAGUCCAGAAGAGAAAGAGUCCUGGAUUAAUGCCCUCAACUCUGCAAUCACACGUGCUAAAAACCGCAUCUUAGAUGAGGUUACUGUCGAAGAGGACAGCUACCUCGCCCACCCAACACGUGACAGAGCAAAAAUACAGCACUCCCGACGCCCUCCAACACGGGGACAUUUGAUGGCUGUGGCAUCUACCUCAACCUCUGAUGGCAUGUUGACACUUGACCUGAUCCAGGAGGAAGACGCCUCUCCAGAGGAUCACAGCACCUGUGAAGAGAGUUUCCGGGUGGAUCUGGAUAAGUCAGUGGCACAUCUUACUGCUGGACGGCGCCGGUCGGAUUCAGAGAACGUCAAGUCAUUGGAGAAAGGCCAGACAGGGAGCCUCCCGAGACGGGAGGUGACCUCAUGGGACAGAUCCGGGCAGCGCAAUGACUCCUUUGACAAAGGGACCAUGUACACACCACAGGUCCCCAAAAAGCUCUCGCACUCAGAAAAGAAUAAAUGUGCCUCCAUGGAAGAAAUUCUGUCUCGGCGGGACUCUUCCACGCACCGGGCGGUGCUGAGGAGGGGGCUGGAGGCUCAGUUUGCCUCAGCAGAACCAGAGCAGCUGUCCCGGAUACAAGAACUGGUUGCACUGAAACUGGAAAAAACUCAGGAACUGCUGACAGAGGUGAAGGGCUAUGGGGAAGGCAAGAGAAAGACCAAGGAUUCCAACACCAGCACCACCACCACCACCUCUUCUUCCUCAUCAUCUUCCAAGUCGGACUCUGAAAGGAUCCUGCAGGAAUCUGAGAGGUUGCUGGGGGAGGCUUCCUCCACCUGGAGCCAAGCCAAGAGGGUGUUGCAGGAGAUCAAAGAGUUGAGGGACCUGUACAAACAGUUUGAACUGCAGCAGUCGGACUCAAAACCCAAACAGAGCUCACAGUCUCAGUACAGGAAGAGCAUGAUGUGAAGGCAAGCCUUGGGAUUGGGAGGGAGGGACAGGGGAGGGCGGCCAUUUGGUCUUUUUUUUUAAUUAUUAUUAUUAUUUACAGUGUUCGAAAGAGUGAAAAGGUGCCUGUUCUCACCCAAGUUUGCUUCUCAAAGCUUGAACCCUUCCUUUCCUCCAUCACAUCCCCUGACGAAACAACCCUGCGUUCCAAUAAAUUCAGUUACAGUUUAUACCUCCUUUUUUAAAGAGCACCCUUUGCACCACAGGCCCCCAACUUCUGUCACGCUUGGAGGACGGAAGAAAGCACCAGUUCCUAGUAAACACCCCUGCAUGCCUGGAGCAGCACAUGCAUAACAACGGGGACAGAUGCUCUUGCGCUGUAUAAGCCCUGGCUUUGCUGCUCUAAUGUCUGAGCUGUAUCCUGCAUUACAGCUCCUUGACCAAGAGUCUUGUCUUGUUCCCUCACUGUCCUCUUGGAAAUAAAUGACAAAAAAAGGUGUCCGUCCCAGCCAAUGCUUGGAAGUCCCCAUUAUCCAGGAACUAUCUUGAAGAUGCUUGGAAGUUCAGGCUGACCUCAAGUUUUAAGUGAGUCAUCAGAGGCACUCGCUGGACUGCAGCUAGUGAGGUUCUGUCCUGGCACAGGUCUCUUUUGUGAACUCCUGGGGUCAGCAGCUGUUAUUCUUGUGGUACAUAUACAGCCCUCCAGAAGGAGGACUACAGGUAUGCAAUCUGUGUUCAAACUAAUCCUGUCUGUCCAUUGAUGCUUUACAGAACCCCCUUGGCCCUGUGCAAUGGGAGUUAGCAGCUCUAUGUCUUCCUUUCUGUGCAAAUAGAGGAUCAAAGCCUUGAAUCUAACAGACAGCCUAUAUGGGUUGUUUGGGGGGAUUGUUUUCUGGCUUUUCCAUUUUCAUUUCAUUUUUUUUUUCCUUUUCUUUGAGCUGAGGGGAAAUGGAAAAAUCAGGGUUGUGUACAGGCAGCAGCCGGCAACCAAGAGCCAGAAGUAGUUUUGGUAGGUUUGAUUCUGUUCUCUCAUGCAUGCACAGGCUCGGUUUCUGCCAGUCAGACUGCAACAGAUAGUCCUUGUUGCUCCCCUAAGAUCAGAAUCAGACCUACUGAAAUGAAAGCUGAGCCUGUAAGAGAGCUCAAAUACCCUCAUCUUGGUGAUGCCAAGCACUUUGCUAAAUAGGUGGCUCAGUUUUCAUGCCUUUAAGCAGAAAGACAAGAAAGGAGGAUGUUAAGAUGUCUCACAGGUCUUAAAGUACACCAAUGUGGUAACAUCCAACUGUUACUUUUUUUAAAAAAGGAAACCUAAUUCCCUUACCUACAUUGCAAAUAAUCCAUGAAAAUAUUAAAGCCAACAGAGUUAUUCCCUGGUCGCAGUUGGUGUUGUCUAUUUUCUUUUAAUGGUUGACUUCCCUUGGAAAGGAGAUUGGUUACUUUCACUUGUGUCUAGUCAGCUUUACUAUGCAGGUUCAUGUUGACGUGUAGUUGCCAGCACUGCAAAGAAAGCAUUUCUGCUUUUUUUAAUUAGUCCUUCUCCCACUUUCCUGUUAGAAUUACUGGUAGAAUUAUUACUGUUCCUAUUAUUUACAAACUUCAGAUCUGACCCUUGCAACAACCUUUCACAUGUUCCUGACUCUAGCACAGCUCAUUGCCCACUCUUAAAGGACAGUUUUGAAAAGGCAUCACUCUUUCACCUAAGCUCUUGUCACACAGCGGCAUGCUACAGCUGUCCAGGGGUAUACAUGUCACGCUUCCAGCAUUUUUGUUCUUUUCAAUUUUUUUUCUCACCUUUUCUAUCACUUGAAGGAUCUGUUUGGAUGCAUCAGAGGAAAAAACAUAAUCUCUAAAAGAGAUUAAAAAAGAAUGCAUGUCAGCCACUCUGAUAAAACCCUCCCAUUCAGCUCUUUGACUGAGAGAAGAAAAAUAAGCAAAUAUUUUCCAGAUGUGACAUUCAGCAUUAAAAUUAGCCUUGUUUUCAAAAUAAGAAAGCUAGUCUAAAAACCGGGAGGUUUGAAUUGCACUCAAUCGGGAUGGAUGUGCGUCGUGACUGGCCUACUGGACUGAUGUCAAAAUGUAAGCAUGAAAAUACACUUGAUCCUGACUGUACAGGGGUCAUGAAGCACUCUCAAGUCUUUUUUAAGCAACAAGGUACUAUAAAAAUUGGCUGAUUAACAGGGUGAAAACAGUGCUGGAGGCAAGGCUGAAACAUUGAGCAGUCACCCAAAACAGGUGACAUUUUUUGUUAGACAGGUAACUAAGGGCAUCUUCAUUUCACUGCUGCCUCCCCAAGAUUACGGCACUGAAUCACAUCUGAUAAGACCUAGAGGUCUGGACGCAGUGUUGCCAUCUUCAGGUCUCUGCUGUCCAGAGAAAAGGGAAGCAUUACACACUUGUCAGAGCUGGGCAGAAAUACAGGACCAUUUCUGCUCCUCAGUCCAACUUGUGCAAGCCUUUCAAUUUUGUAACUAGAACAAGAUUUGGAGGAAAUUAUGGAGCUGACUUAGGAAGUUAGGAAGAAACUACUUCCAACCUGGGAAGAAUUGCAGUUCUCAUCCUGGCAAAACCCAGGAGGCAAUUUCCUAGUUCCAGUCUGAAAACCUAAAGGGCCAAGUUCGAUGCAGCUCUAGGUGCAGCAUUUCCAUUUGGACAGCAGAGUGCUGCCUGGGUACUGAGCCACAGCACAACAGUAGGAGUGGCAGCUUUUCUGCUCCCAGUGCUAGGUUCUUGCCCUAGAAGAUGUCCAGCUCUCACACUGUUCGUGUCUUACCCCAGGCUCUUCUCCUCCACUCUGCAGGGAAGAGAGUGCAUCAGGCUAGCACGAGUACAACGUGACUUAGGACAAUUUUUCAAACUGUACAACACAAGAUCCCAGAUGUGAUCAAUACAUCGGCUUCUCCCUCCCUUCUCUCCACCUCAGCUCAUGACUGCUGAGUAGGAUCUUGUGAAGAUUUACUAUUUCUAAAAUUGAUUGGAAACUUUCUUUCAGAAUAUGUUCCCUGUUAGAAAGCAUCAUUCCUGAUGGGGCCCAGGGAAAAGGAAUAACUUAGGAAGAAAAAAACCAUGAGUUUUCAGAGUAGAAAAGUAUAUUUUUCACUUGGGAAUAUUUUUGUAUUAUACCAAAUGUGAAUUUUUCCUUAAAAAUCUCCAAGUCAAAAUAAAACAUUUUGUUUUACCAACUUCCCCCCUUCAAGAAGCCUGACACUUUUUUCCACAGGCAAUUUUUACAUUGUUUUCAUUCAAAACAAAAUUAAACUCAAAUUGUGGAAUUCUUCACGAGGCAGAAAUGCCAGGCUCCAACCGGGUCUGAUUACCAGGCUGUGAAAACUUCAAGCCUCAGUUCAGCCUCUGUGCUGCCGAGCAUUUUGUAUGACUAGGUCAUGGCUAAGAGACCCAGUCACACACCAGAGCCAGAGCAAAGGGUUCUGUGUAUUAUUAGAUGCUUCACAAGAAUAUCUAUAAACUCAUUCCUACAUUAGGAGCCUCUGACUCUAGACAUUGCACAAAUUGAAAGGAUCAAAAUAUCCCUCUCCCCUUCUCCCACAUGGGCUAUAAUUCUGCCCUCUUUUUAUUCUUUUUUAAUUUAUUUUAAAUUUUGCAAAGUUCUCCCCUCUGUCAGUCCUCUGGGAUUAGAGACAAAAAGCCAAUUAUGAGCAAGAAUGGCAUGUGUAUGGAACACAUGCCAGCCACAUUAGUGCUGCUGUUUCUUUCCUUCUUGAGCACAGCUUCCUGAGUGGAGAACUGACAGGGAAGCUGUGGCUGGGCCUGCCAGAGGGGAACCUUCCUGAGGGCAGGGAGCAGUGGGUUGAGCCUGUUUCCUUCCACCCAGCGGGUGUAGUUCAUUGACAGAUCACAGUGAGCGACAGUUUACUUAGCCAUACAGAUGGCUAAGGAAGGCACUGAACACACAGCGACUCUCACCCUUAUUUUCUCUAACUGAACCACAUUCAAAAGGACUGAGUAGAAAUUCUGCUUUUUUCAAAAAAAACCUACAAACGGCAAUAAUAAAAAUGACUCAGCCGCAA